UGCAGAUCUUCCAAACAAAUCAUUCCAACCAUUAACCUAAAAAUGGAUUCUUUUUCAUUUUCUGCCUCCAGCUGAUCAGAACUCUCUCCCUUAUUCUCUCCAUGGCUCUGUUUCAGCUCAUUUCUACUCCCAAACCCUCUUUAAACCCCAUUUCCAAUUCUCCUCCUCCUUUAAACCCUACCUUCAAUUUACUCUCUACUUCGCCUGCUCACACUCGACACCUCAUACGCCGCCGUAGCCGUAGGCGACACUCCGACUCUCUUAGAUGCUCCGCUUCCUCCUUCUCUGAAAAGCAUCAUACCAACCAUCCUAAUUCAGACGAUGUUGUUGAAUUGCCUCUCUUUCCUCUCCCGCUCGUCCUAUUCCCUGGAGCUAUCCUUCCUCUCCAGAUCUUCGAGUUCCGUUACCGCAUUAUGAUGCAUACUCUCCUUCACACUGACCUGCGCUUCGGCGUCAUCUACUCUGACGCUGCCUCCGGCACCGCUGAAGUUGGAUGCGUUGGCGAGAUCGUCAAGCAUGAGCGUCUUGUCGAUGAUCGUUUCUUCUUAAUCUGCAAGGGCCAGGAGCGUUUCCGUAUCACCAAUCUCGUCCGCACAAAACCUUAUCUUGUGGCUGAGGUCACGUGGUUGGAGGACCGGCCCUCAGGGGAUGAGGACGUCGAGGCUUUAGCGACGGAGGUGGAAACGUAUAUGAAAGACGUGAUUCGACUGUCGAAUCGAUUGAACGGGAAGCCCGAAAAGGAAGCUCAGGAUUUGCGGAGGAAUCUGUUUCCGACGCCGUUUUCGUUUUUCGUGGGGAGUACUUUCGAGGGCGCGCCAAGGGAGCAGCAGGCGUUGCUGGAAUUGGAGGAUACAGCAGCUAGGUUGAAGAGAGAGAAGGAGACUUUGAGAAACACUCUUAACUACUUGACCGCAGCCUCUGCCGUUAAAGAUGUGUUUCCGUCUUCAUGAUAAGAGUAAAAGAAGAUCAAUUGGGGGUUGAAUCACACGAAGAGCAAAGAGGAUGUGGAAAUUUAUUCAUACUCAAGCAUAACUUUGUUGCCUCAAACUAGUAGUGAAAUGGAGGUGUUAACUUUAUUCCGUAGUGCCUCAAAUGUCUCAGCAAGGAAAUUUUAUCUGCCUCAUGGAUGAAUAUUCAAUUUAAGAUUUGUGGCAGCUUUCUGUUGUCAAGAAGGAUGUGAAACAGCGUGCCACUGUGAACGAGGUUGGUUAUUUACAUAUCUGAUUGUAUGCGUUGAAAACUUUGCCGUCAUGGUAGGCUGUCUGGUUAUAUUAUUCAUGAUACAAGUUAAACCGUAUAAUAUGAUCUCUUUUUUUUUUUUUUUAAAUCUAAGAACUGGUUCCUCACUUUUAAUUUUAUAUUGCUCUCUAAAUAUAUCUGAAAAUGUUAAUUUUCUAUUACAAGC